AUGGCCGGAUCAGCCCCCAAUCUUUUCAGCUUCGCCAGCACAGACGCCUUGACCCAGCAACUGAGGCCCUACGUCCUGCGGAGUCAGAACUCGGCGCUUGCCCGUCACAGCUCCUUCAGAAUUGCGGUUUCUGGGGGCUCCCUCCCCAAGGUUCUGGCCCAAGCACUCCUCGCCCCCGGUGACGGAUCGGAGGAGGAUACUGCUCAAUUCGCCAAGUGGGAAAUCUUCUUUGCCGAUGAACGCGCUGUGCCCCUCGACCACGAAGACAGCAACUACCGUCUGCUGAAGGAAGAGCUCCUGAACAAGAUCCCGUCGGAGCUGGGCGCCCCGACCGUGCACACGAUUGAUGCCAGCCAUGUCAACGACGACGAUCCCCAGGAGCUUGCGGAUCUGUACCAGGAAACACUGAUGCGCUCGUUCGCCGCCAAGGAUAGCGUCAAGCUACCUGUUUUCGAUCUCAUCCUCUUGGGUUGCGGUCCCGAUGGCCAUACCUGCAGUCUCUUCCCUGGACACGAACUGCUGCGCGAAAAGGAUGCCUGGGUGGCGGCUAUCAGCGACUCGCCCAAGCCGCCUCCGAAGCGCAUUACUCUGACCCUGCCCGUCGUCACGCAUGCCCUCAGCAUCGCCUUCAUUGCGACUGGUGGCGGAAAGAAGGACAUUAUGAAACAGAUCUUUGACGCCGAAGAGGGGAGAAGCCUGCCCUCGUCUCUCGUCAACCAGGGCGCCGGAGACAAGGUGAGCUGGUUCACCGACAAUGCGGCAGUGGAGGGGGUUGCUUUCCCCAGACGUGGCAGCCUGUAA